GGGCGGAGCCGUGGGGGCGGGUUCCCCGGCCCGCUGUCUGCGGCCGGCGGGCAGGCGACUCCUGUCCCGAGUGGAGGCGGCGGAGCCGGAGCCAGGGGAGGGGGCAGCGGCUGUGUGACGGACCGCGGUGGCGCCCGCAGCUCCUCACUGCAGCACCCCCACUACAGGCCCGAGGAGCUUUCCGGAGCUUCCCACACUUCUGGGGAGAAGACUUCUUAGCCAGCUUGAUGUUUAAAAUUCAGCUGGAGCCCUUAAAACUUCGAGCGUGGACGCUGAAUGGGUUUGUAAAGUUCCGAAACAAGGAGACAAGUGCCGGUCCAGUGGCUGUAAUGGGAAAGGAUUAUUACAAGAUUCUUGGGAUCCCAUCGGGAGCCAACGAGGAUGAGAUCAAGAAAGCCUAUCGGAAGAUGGCCUUGAAGUACCAUCCAGACAAGAACAAAGAACCCAAUGCUGAGGAGAAGUUUAAGGAGAUUGCAGAAGCCUAUGAUGUGCUGAGUGACCCUAAGAAACGGGGCCUGUAUGACCAGUAUGGGGAGGAAGGCCUGAAGACCGGCGGUGGUUCAUCAGGUGGCUCCAGUGGCUCCUUUCACUACACCUUUCAUGGGGACCCCCACGCCACCUUUGCCUCCUUCUUUGGUGGGUCCAACCCCUUCGAUAUCUUCUUUGCCAGCAGCCGGUCCACUAGACCCUUCAGUGGCUUUGACCCAGAUGACAUGGAUGUGGAUGAAGAUGAGGAUCCAUUUGGCGCCUUUGGCCGCUUUGGCUUCAAUGGUCUGAGCAGGGGUCCAAGGCGACCCCCAGAACCACUGUACCCUCGGCGCAAGGUGCAGGACCCACCUGUGGUGCAUGAGCUGCGAGUGUCCCUGGAGGAGAUCUACCACGGCUCCACCAAGCGCAUGAAGAUCACAAGGCGGCGCCUCAACCCUGAUGGGCGAACUGUGCGCACAGAGGACAAGAUCUUGCACAUUGUCAUCAAGCGUGGCUGGAAGGAAGGCACCAAGAUCACUUUCCCCAAAGAGGGUGAUGCUACACCUGACAACAUCCCUGCUGAUAUAGUCUUUGUGCUCAAAGACAAGCCCCAUGCGCACUUCCGUCGAGACGGCACCAACGUGCUCUACAGUGCCCUGAUUAGCCUCAAGGAGGCGCUGUGUGGCUGCACUGUGAACAUUCCCACUAUUGAUGGCCGGGUGAUCCCAUUACCCUGCAAUGAUGUCAUCAAGCCAGGCACGGUGAAGAGACUCCGUGGGGAGGGCCUUCCCUUCCCCAAAGUGCCCACCCAGCGAGGAGACCUCAUUGUCGAGUUCAAAGUUCGCUUCCCAGACAGAUUAACACCACAGACACGACAGAUCCUUAAGCAGCACCUACCCUGUUCCUAGGCUCUGCCCCAGCCAGCCCAGAGUCUUCCACAGCAAUACCCCCUACACUCACCCCACCCAAUGUGCACCCAGCUUGAUGUCCACUGGACACUGGCAACUUUUUCUAAAAUGAAAAAAAAAAAAAAAAAAAGCCACUGGAUUUCAGGAAAAUGUUCCUGUCCCUGACCCCUUUCAGAGCUGGGCUGCCUUGGGGAAGUGGGUGGGAGGUGGGGAGAGCCUAGUCCAGGCCAGGGGUUAAUUUUCAUGUCACUAGCUUUGAAUCCAGUUCCCACUCCAGUGGCUGGAGAGUGACCUGAGUGCUACUUGAAGAUACAGAGAUUUCCUGUCCAUGCCUGUAAAUAGCAUGUCCUCUUUCCCCUCUCAGCUUUGCUAAUACCUCUCCUCUCCCUUCUCUUCAGUUUCCUCCUACUGGGGGAGGAAGAAGAUAGAAAGGACACUGCUUUCCCACCCCCACUCCACCCCUAGGUCCACAGUGUCUAAGGUUAAUGCACACAUAUUGACGCACACAAGCACUCACCUAGAGCUAUCUGUGCCUCUCCGGAGUUGAGAUAGGAAGGGAAGGUCCGUAACCCAUGAACCGGGCCAUUGAGCACGAGACACUUUUCAUUUGGGGCAGGAAGGUGAACAGGGCCCUUGGCAGACUCCCAGAGAGCUCCCCUGUCCAGAUCCCACAGAGCUGAAAGUUCUGUCCUCCCUGCUGCUCUCGGGAGUAUGCAAGGGUGGAGGGAGGGGAAGAGGGUCUGCUGUAUUAAGGCUGAGAGGGAGGGAGCAGGGUCCAUCUCCCAGCCUUCAUCAGGAAGGGAAAGGGCUUUGGGGUCAGGUGGCAGCUAUUCCCCACCAAGAGAUUCAGGGUCACAGGUUUCUCCCCACAUCUCUGAACUCAGGGCCUAGCCACCCCCAAACUUCCAAAUCCCACUUUUGUGAUAUGUGAAGCUACUUAUUUCUUACCCUUCAUGGAGGCUGCGUGGGGAAUUUCCAGCCCAUUGAUGCCUGGGUGACCCCACCCCACUCCCACAGUUGUAUAAAGGUUAAAUAGUGAAGGAGCUAGGGGAAGACUGCUUCAGCCAGGUCCUGGGGUGGGGUCUUUAGGUUUUCUCACUUUGACAAGCCCCUGAAUGUUUUUAUAGUAGUUUUUUUGUAUUUUUUUGUAAUGACAGUAUUAUGGAAAAUAAAUAAAGUAUUUUAAAAAUAA